CCGCUGUCCCCGUCUCCGUGUGGGAUCCCACAGCCAGGACCCAGUGAUCUGAGGCAGUGCUGGGCACGCUCCGUGCUUCCCAGGGGGGUUUGGGGUGGUGGGGAGGGGGCAGCGUGACUCCUUGCUGCACGGCUGAGAGCCGACACCGCCUGUGAGCUGCUGCUGUGUGUGACUCAGAGCAGGGCUGGCGGUGGGGGCACGUGGCUGUGUGGGCAGCACCGGGUGCUCAGCGAGACCAGGCUGGACCAGGGGCAUCCCAGCACACUGCUGUGCCGUGGAGUCACCGUGCAGGAGCCCAGACACACAGCCGAGGGCUGCCACACGCCUGGGCCACAGCCAGGCUGCUCAGUGCUGCCGGGAUUGCAGGCAGAGGCACCUCCAUGUCGCACAGCGGGUGUUGUCCCAUGGGUAUGGGGGGGGGGUCUCAGCAGGGCCAGCCCAGUGCCCGGCCCCUCCCCCAGCAGGGAUGUGAGGGCAGGUGGUACCCAAGGAUGCUGCAGGCUCCCUUGUUGCCGUGGCAACAGCUGGGGGGGGGAGUGAUGCAAGCACUGUGUGCCCUCCCCCCAAGGCCCCAUCCAGUGGGGCGGAAUCAGUGCCUGCUGCCACACUAUGGAGCCCAUAGGGCUGUGUGAGCACACACGAGCGUGGAGCACACGCACAGAGCACACAGUGCUCAUAGAUGCACAGCACGGCUGUGCACACACAGGUACAGCCUGCACGGGUUGGUAUUGGAACACCACUGAGCGGUGGGACCCACGGGUUGGUAGUGAGACCCCGUGGAGCAGCGUGGGACCCACGGGUUGGUACUGGGACCCCAUGGAGUGGUAUGGGAGCCACCGUGCCUGAGCUGGAGUUGGGUUCCGACCCCCAGAGCCCCACAUCCCCACGUUUGUGCAGGCUGGGGAGGUGUAAGCGGCGCAGGAGGAGCCGGAGCCACGUGGAGCAGACCAACACACUUUAUUCCAUAGUCACAACACUGGGAUAACCACUAGCCGAGCUUCAACACCACCGGCCCUGGCCGUGCCGUCAGGGUGGCCAUGGGUGGGACAUCCCCUCCACCAGCCCAGGACAACAGCUGCAGGACCCCUCCCCAACACAACCAAAGGAACCCCGAGUGCUCGCGGCAGCUCCGGCCCGCUGGGAUGCCGCCAGGGCGGCUUCUUCCUGAGAGAGGUUUGGUUUAUUUUUAUUAUUAUUAUUAUUAUUAUUAUUCACUUAUUAUUCAUUAUUAUCCGCUUUGUCUCUAGUGAUGAGGAUGGCGCACGCACACUCGCUCGCACACUCGGGGGGGGGAUGGGGGCUCGGCGGGACGGACGCGGGGGCUCUACGCACUACAACCACACGGCACAGAACAUCCACCGGGAGGGCCACGACGGGCGGAGGGGGACGGGGACCACGCGCACGGUGUUGUGCUUGAGGCCGGGCUCGAGGGGAGGGGGGGAGGGGGCUGAGCCAGAGCCUGUCCUGAGGAAACGCCGGGGAUGCCGCCCCGCACCGCGGCCUCGGGCCCUGCCGGCAAUUGGGGUUCGGCUCCCCGCGUGGGACGUGGCGGCGGUAGGGGGCUCCGAUGCCCCCAGAAGGCAGCGAGGUGUUGGGUGGGAGCUGUGCGCCGGGGAAGCCCUUCAAUGAACCCCAAACCCGGUUUGUGCGUGGAGCCCCUCGGCAUUUGGCUUUUCUGCUGGGUCGGAGUGGAAGGGAGGGGGUCUUUGGGGGGGGGGGGAGGGGGAUGCUCUCUACAUGGGGACACGUGGGCGGUGCCCGCCUGCCUCGCAGGAUCGCACCCGCACCGGGGCUACUAAACACCGUCGGGAACGCAACACCAGACACACGCACACCAACCACAGCUACCUCUACACACCUACACAUCGAUAACGCUGAGCUCGCGGCUCCGCAGCCCCGCGGCCAAUGGGGCGGGAGGGCACCCGGUGCCCUUAAGUGGGGACACGGCGCUCCCUGCGGCACCUCCGGCGAUGCCAGCAGCCCCACGUUGCUCCCCGUAGAGGGGGACAAAGGGGCUGAGCACCCCCCGCUCGUGGCUCCGUCCAGCCCCAUUGCAACGUGUGCGCGUGGGGCUGCGCGCAACCGGAGGAAGCGGCGUCCCCAAAGUGGGGAGGGAGCACGAUUGGCACGGGGAGGGUCGGGGGGGGAUCCUUCGUGCCCAGAUUCCCACUUUGGAACCGAGGACUUCAGAGGCCGCUUUUGUGCCACGCAGACGUGGGAUGGAGCCCCGCGUCCCCCGCCCUGCCGGCACCACGGCCACGUGCUCACAGACAGCGGGAGGAGGCGGAUUGCUGCAGGAAGGAGCCAUUGGGGAAAGCAAAGACAAACGCGGCCGGAGGAGCGCCGCAGCAGGAACUGCCCUGCUGGGGAGCUCCGCAGCGCUGCUCUGCGGUGAAGCCCAGGCUCUCGGAGCCAACGCCGGGUGCACCGCAGAGGAUCGCUGCAGCGGAGCACCACCCGCACCCCACAUCUCCACCAGCAUCAAACUGCUGCUGCUGGUGGUGGUGGCGGCCCCGUGCGAGAGCUUAAGGCAGAUUCCCCGCAGCACGCGGGCUCCGCCAGCCAUGCGGGAUGAGCCCGGAGUGGGGUCCCAGACAGGCACGGGCACCCCACGCCGGGGCGUUGAUGCCGGGCAGGCUGCCCCAUGGGGUGGGCUCACGGUGAGGGCGGCCGCGCACGAAUGUCUGGAGAGAGGAAUAACGCAGCCUCCCCGCGCCACGUGCGGAUCACGUGCGUGCAACUUCGCUCUGCCCCAAACCGAGCGGCGGGGAGAGCGCGCCGCAGCGAAAACGCAAGGAGAGCCGGUCCUGAGGGACCCCCGAGCCCAAAGGCGGGGAGCCCGCAGCACGGGGCAGCAGACGACCUGACUGUGGGAAAAGAAGAGAAGUUACCUGCAGAGCGCGGCACUCAGUAGGUAAAGACCAAGUCCGAGAUGCUGGACAUGAGCCAGUCCCCCGCGAUCAUCUCCGUCACCUCGGGCGUGC